GUAUAUAAUAUCACUCUCUUUCGAGACCUGAAACCUCGCACACGACCGUAGGUCACCCGACUGAGAAGACCUUAGAGACGUUCCUCCGACCCAAGAAGGCAAUCCCUAUUACUCAUCAUCAUGAAAGUCUCCAUUGUCAGAGUUUGCGCCAGCUUCCUGAUGCUCAUGGUGGUCGCAGCCCAUACGCUCCCAACUACCACUACUACUACAGAGAGGGUCGAAUCUGUAAAAAAGCAAAAGCUAAGAAGAUUUUGGUGGAGUAAUCCAUGCGGUCAUCAGGGCGAUCAUUUUCCCCAUGUGUCACGUAAUGCGUCCAGAAAAAAGGAUCAUAAAACCGUAAAUGAAACUGCAGUGGUGAUAGAACUAGAAAUUGCGCACAGCCAUAUCAAGGAUAUUUUUAACAAAACUACGGUAGCAUUUCCAAACACGGAAUUGAAUUACCCUUGGCUGCCAAAAGCGGACGAACUAUUAAAACAGGUUACAAAACGAAAGAUUACACCUGCUUUUGCCAAAUUUUAUAAAGGACUUAUGAAAUUUGCCAUCACUAUUGAGUGCUUGAUGAGAGGAGAAGAGUGCGAUAACUUUCGCAAAAGGCACGGUCUGCCCUACAGGACAGUUGCCGAAAAUGACGCACGGAACAGGGUACUUGCGGAACUCAAGGGAAAACUACGAAAGCUGUUAUGUGAAGUUAACGAUUUCCUUUGGACGAGAGUUAAAAAGCUGCCACCGGCACCUAUCAAUUUUUACUCUAUCGAUUUUAAAUGGCUUGAAGAAGUGGACGGAUCGGGAACAACAAAUAUCAAGCAUGAUUAUGUGGUAUUCAAGACGUACUUCGAAUACUUGUCUAAAUGGGUACACUUGACAAAAAAGCUAGCGAAAAGAGUGCUUCGGCAACAUGCCGGCCAUAAAAAAAACAAAAGCAGUAGAGUGCAAAAGUCGAAAACUGUUAAAGUCUAAACUGACACAGGUGGACAGUGUGAGAUGGUUUUCACGUUUAUAGUUACACGUUAAGUUAAAAAACUGCAAAAAGAAAUAUUGGCCAAAUAGCACAGCGGUUGCUUCACACUAAUAUACAUAUCACUAGUUUUAGUAAUUUAUUCAAUCAUACUGUUAAUAAUUAAUGACUGCUAUAAAAGGUGCAUUCCAAACAAGUUUUAACUUAUUUAUCAUGUACGUAUAAUGUAAAAUUUUUAAACUAUCGAGAAAAUAUUUUUCGCAGAGAAUGCAAUAAUUUUAACUUGACAAGUAUCAUUUCGAACAAUCUUAAAGCUAAAAAUUUGUAGAGUUUAGAAAAUAUGUGUUUCAGUAGACUGAAGGUAGAUUUAAUUUGAAUUUUGAUGUCAGAACCUUGGGAUAGCUGAAUACGCUUUUAAGAUUUUAAAACUCGCUUUUCGCAGGAGAACGAAAAUUAAUUUCACGUUUGGCAAUAAUUAUGGACAUAGUGCAACAAACCGUAUGACAAUUGCCACAGAUUUGCAAUGAAAACACACCAGGAUUGAUUUGCUAAAGUUUAUCGCCCAGCAAUUAAAGUCCACCUUGUGAACAUUCCUAUGUAUAUAAUUAUGUGUAGUAUUAAUAUAUUUAUGUCAUUUAUUACCUCAGUAACUUUGUAGUAAUUUAUUAUACUAUGUUAAAGAAAGCAUUUUUCAAUUUCAAUUUACAUUGCUCAACAAUUGAUGCCUAAGACAAAUAUUUAUGUGCCUUUUGAUGAUAGUGUUCAUAGUUCAUAUUAAUGGGAAGAACUGUAUUUAAAGUAAUCAACCUUUUUUACUGUGUGCACGCACUCCUCAAUGAUGAGUCAAAAUGCACUUCAAUAGUUCCUUGCAGGUUGAGCCCGCAUUUCAUCGCGACUCAGCUGACGUGUUAAAAUUAUCAAAACUUAAAAGUCGGUUUUUUUGUGAAGUUUUGAACUUGUUUUGUAAGUUAUGUUAAAUAAAUAGAAGAUUGAAAAUGGA